AUGGGGCCUUCGGCGCCUCGGCCAAUACCGUCGUCGGACGCUUCCUCGAGCAUUGUUCAAUUUCCCUCCGAACAUCCGUUCAUUCAUUCAUUCCUCCCUCAUCCCCUCCUCCCUCCUUCUCCUCCUCUUCCCUCCCUCCCGCCGACGAACGCUGCGUCGUCUUCCGACAAGUUGCUGACAUUGCACGACGAACCAGCCGCCCUCAGCGGAUUGCCUCCGGCGACGGCGCCAGCAGCGUUGGAAUCGCCAUUCGCCGCCCUGCUUCGCUACGGCGGCGCCAGCUACUCGUCGUCGGCUCAUCAGUUUCCUUCCGACAUCACCGAUCCCAUCCUCGAGGAAGGCGGCCACGAGGAAGAGUCGGGCAGCGAUUCGCCGCUCGAACCCGUGACGCCCGUUAGCGGCGGCCGACACUCGCAAGACUUUACGACGCUGCAUCCCGGCCAGGUCGACGACGACAGCGCGAGCAGCCACCCGCGCGAGCGAGCCGACCAAGCGGGGCAGAACCCUCCCUCGAGCGCGGCGCCCAAGACGGCGCCUCUUCUCGCUUCGCCUACGUCGACGACCCCCCCGCCGACGAGCACGUCGAGGCAGCAGUCGCCUCCCGCGUCGGGGCAGCAGUCGCCUCCCACGUCGAGGCAGCAGUCGCCUCCCGCGUCGACGCCGCGCACACCCGGCCAGCCGGAUCCGUGCCCGUCCCAAGCACCGCUGACGCCGGCCUCGCGUCGCUCGACGCGCGGAUCCACGAGCAGGCUGAAGCGCACCAUGUCGAGCCUGUUCCGUCGAUCCAAUUCGCUGCAGGAAAAGGAACGAGAGCAGGCCAUCGUCGACUUGCCGUCCCUGUCGACGACGGACACGACCAACUCGAGCAUCGUCCUCGGCGGGAGCGUCGGCACCUCUUCCGGCGACGGAGUCCUGUCGUCGACCAACAAGUCCUCGACGACGACGCGAUCGAGCUCGCCGCCGUCGCCCGGUUCCCCCGUCGAGAUGGCGCCGACGCACGCGCCGACGCACGCGCCCAUGACGAUGACCAACGGCGCCCUGCCCAACCCCGACGACUUCAAGAAGAAGGCUCGGGCGGCGACGGUGCUGACGCUGCGCGGCCGGGCCGUCAACUUUGUCGGCGCGACGAUGGGUAGGGGCCGACAGCCGCCGCAGCCGGCGCCGGCGCGGCGCGCGAGCAGCUUCGACUCGGACAACCGCGGGCUCGCGGCGGCCCAGGGCGCGCAGGCUGACGAGGAGAAGACGUACCCGCCCGAGCGGUUGCCGUGGGCGAUCCCGCCCGACGCUGGCACGGGCGCCAAGGCGCGGCGCAUGAGCCUGAGCCUGCCCGACGACUUCACCGUCGACGUGGCCGAGCUGCAGUCCGAGUUCGAGUACCUCUCCAAGCUGCUCGGCCGGCACGGCAAGCACCUCGGCAAGGGCGCCGCCUCCAAGGUGACGCUCAUGGUCCGCAAGGGCUGCCCGACGGAGCUCUACGCCGUCAAGGAGUUCCGCGGCAAGUCGCACCGCGAGAGCCAGGAGGAGUACGAGAAGAAGAUCAAGUCCGAGUUCAGCAUCGCCAAGAGCAUUCACCACCCCAACAUCGUCGAGACGAUCCGGCUCUGCACCGAUCACAACCGGUGGAACCACGUGAUGGAGUACUGCUCCGAGGGCGACCUCUUCUCCCUCGUGCAGAAGGGCCACCUCAAGGGCGAGGAGAAGAAGAAGGACCGGCUCUGCCUCUUCAAGCAGCUCAUCCAGGGCGUCGGCUACCUGCACGCCAACGGCAUCGCCCACCGCGACAUCAAGCUCGAGAACCUGCUGCUGACCAAGGACAGCAAGCUCAAGAUCACCGACUUUGGCGUCUCCGAGGUCUUCUCGGGCACCCACCCGGGCCUGCGCGAGUCGGGCGGCCAGUGCGGCCAGAACAUGGGCGACGUCCGGCUCUGCUCGCCCGGCAUCUGCGGCAGCGAGCCGUACAUCGCGCCCGAGGUGCUCGCCAAGGCGGACAGGUACGACGCGCGCGCCCUCGACGUCUGGAGCUCGGCCAUUGUCAUGAUCUACCUCACCUUUGGCGGCGCCAUCUGGUCGCGGGCCGAGCGCGGCAACCUGCACUACGACAAGCUCGUCCAGGGCUGGGAGAAGUGGUACCGGAAGCACCCCGAGUGCGACGCCUGCAUCACCGACACCGACUACCCGACCUGCCUCGCCUUCGACAUGGGCAUCAACCCGCCCGCCCUGCGUCGGCUUCUCCUGCAGAUGCUCAACCCGAACCCGUCCAAGCGCAUCUCCAUCGAGGACGUGCUCGGCAACCGCUGGGUCAAGAACAUCGAGUGCUGCCAGCUCGAAUCCUACGACGACCCGGCCCAGCUCAUCGACGCGGCCAAGAAGGACUCGUGCAGCAAGCUCGGAUCGAAGAAGAUCUUUUGCCACAGCCACCUACCUCCGAAGAGCACCGGCUCCCACUCGCUCGGGAAGAUGCCUGGCCAACCUGGCUACUAG